AUGUACACCGCUCUCCGCCCAGCGGCCUCCCUCGCCACCGCCUCCUUGCCGCCGUCCCCCGCCAAGCGCCCGGAGUGCGUCCUCUGCGACGCCCGCGACGCCGUGCUCGUCGCUCUAGGCGGCCUCGGCGCGCCUUGGUCGUGCUGGGACGGCCAAACGAGAUCGCCGGCGGCCGCGAUGCGGAAGGUUCGAAUCAACGGGAGAAGAUCUUCGAAGCGCGCCCUCGUACGUCCCAGGGGGCGCAAGGAGUCCGGCGAGAAACAGCGCGGCGGGCUGUGUGAUGACGCACAUAGGGGGCCGCCCUGUUCUUCCUCUGCGCGGUGGACGCUGGGCGACGUGCACGCUUCGCCAUUCCCGCGUGCCAAGAGCGCACUACGCGCUAUCUCUCAAGGCCGCGCUCCAUCUCCCGUGUCCGUAGUGAAGCCCGUCCGGACGUCCGCGCGACGCCAUUGUGCGGUGCUCGACGCCCGCGCAGUGCAGGCGAUGGUAUCUGGCCUCCCAGCUGCCGUCUUCGUCCACGAGAAACCGACUGCGGAAGAGAUCUCGUACGGCGCAGGAUGCAAGGUGCCGCAGCUCCCGAUGUGCGAGGACCGGCGACGAGAAAGGGAGGAGGCUCGGCGAGGGGAGGGGAAGGUGGUCGUGUCUGCUAGGAGAGUGCAAGGACAAGGGAACGGGCCGUCCUCCGUGCCCGUCGCACCAUGGUCCGUGCGGCGAGCUUCCACCCGAGCCUAG